AUGCGUGUGGAAGGAGGCAGCACUGUUGCUUGGCCUGCUGCUGAACACGGAGCUCAGGCUUUGGCUAAGGUCAAGAUUUCCACACCCCAGCUCACAAAAGCGGGGAAGCUGAAAGGCAGAGAGCUUGAUCCUUUACGUGCCACAUUGCAAGUGGCAGUCAAUGCACACAUCCCUCCGGAUUAUCUUCUUAGAAUCUGUGAGAGACUUGGACCCCUUUUAGACAAGGAAAUCCCACAGAGUGUUCUUGGAGUGCAGACUUUACUAGGUGUGGGACGGCAGUCUUUGCUAAGGGCAGCAAAAGACUUCAGGCAUACGCUAUGGAAGGGAUCUGCAUUUGCAGCUCUUCACAGAGGCAGGCCUCCCGAACUACCUGUCAAUUAUGGGAAGCCACCAAAUGUGGUAAAUAUAAUUUCUGCCAGGCAACUAACUGGAUAUGGACGCUUCAGCCAUUUGUUCCCAUCAUCCACCUAUCAAUACAUGAAGAUGCACAAGAGGAUUCUGGGGCACUUAUCAUCUGUGUAUUGUAUAGCAUUUGAUCGCAGUGGAAGACGUAUUUUCACAGGCUCAGAUGACUGUUUGGUGAAAAUCUGGGCUACGGAUGAUGGACGUCUGCUUUCAACAUUGCGAGGGCACUCAGCUGAAAUUUCUGACAUGGCUGUUAACUAUGAAAACACGCUGCUUGCUGCAGGCAGUUGUGAUAAGGUAGUCAGAGUGUGGUGUCUUCGAACCUGUGCACCUGUUGCCGUUCUGCAGGGCCAUUCAGCUUCCAUUACUUCCAUACAGUUUUCUCCAGCAAGAAAAGGAACAACACGAUACCUCACUUCUACUGGUGCUGAUGGAACAAUCUGUUUCUGGCAGUGGCAUGCUAGUACAAUGAAAUUUAAGGAUCGUCCUGUGAAAUUUGCUGAAAGAUCCAGACCUGGCGUUCAGAUAUCUUGUUCAUCUUUCAGUUCUGGUGGCAUGUUCAUUGCAACAGGUAGCACUGAUCAUGUGAUAAGAAUAUAUUAUUUGGGCUUGGAAUCUCCAGAGAAAAUUGCUGAGUUAGAGUCCCAUACGGACAAAGUGGUUGCAGUUCAGUUCUGUAACAAUGGUGACAGCUUAAGAUUUGUCAGUGGGAGCAGAGAUGGAACAGCAAGAGUAUGGCACUAUCAGCAGCAGGACUGGAAGAGUAUAGUCUUGGAUAUGGCUACUAAAAUGACAGGGAACAGCGUGGCAUCUGGGGAGGACAAGAUAACUAAGCUAAAGGUUACUAUGGUGGCUUGGGAUCGAUACGAUAGCACUGUCAUUACAGCAGUCAACAACUUCCUUUUGAAAGUGUGGAACUCAUCCACAGGGCAGCUUCUUCAUAGUUUAUCGGGCCAUGAUGAUGAAGUUUUUGUCUUGGAAGCUCAUCCAUUUGACCAAAGGAUCAUACUUUCUGCAGGUCAUGAUGGGAAUAUUUUUGUUUGGGAUAUUGACAAAGGAACCAAAAUUCGCAAUUACUUUAACAUGAUUGAGGGCCAAGGCCAUGGUGCUGUUUUUGAUUGCAAAUUCUCACCAGAUGGACAGCAUUUUGCUUGCACAGAUUCACAUGGACAUCUGCUAUUAUUUGGUUUUGGAUGCAAUAAAUAUUAUGAAAAGAUUCCAGAUCAAAUGUUCUUCCAUACGGAUUAUCGACCACUGAUUCGUGAUGCAAAUAACUAUGUGCUAGAUGAACAGACUCAACAGGCUCCACAUCUCAUGCCUCCCCCAUUCUUGGUGGAUGUGGAUGGAAAUCCUCAUCCCACAAGAUAUCAACGUUUGGUGCCAGGACGGGAGAAUUGUAAGGAUGAGCAACUCAUUCCUCAGCUGGGAUAUGUGGCUAAUGGUGACGGGGAAGUAGUUGAACAGGUGAUUGGACAGCAAACCAAUGACCAGGAUGAAAGUAUUCUUGAUGGAAUGAUUAGAGAACUGCAGAGAGAACAAGAUCUGAGACUAAUUAAUGAAGGCGAAACUGUCCCAAAUCCUCCACUUAAUAGAUCCCACUCUGUUAAUGGUGCUCUCAGAAGUCCAAGUUUGGAUGUAGCGUCUCCACCAAAUGUUGGUCUCAGACGGAGUGGUCAGAUUGAGGGAGUCCGGCAAAUGCAUCAUAAUGCUCCUCGAAGUCAGAUGGCCACAGAGAGAGAUCUCAUGGCCUGGAGCAGAAGAGUGGUGGUGAAUGAGCUGCCUCCAGGGGUUAGCAGGGUUCAGGAAGAACGCCGAGCUGCCAAAGGUGAAAUAGAAAUUGGUCUGUACAGUGUUGAAAAGAAGAGAAAGCCAUCUCACACCUCACAAAGGAAUGAUUAUCAGCCUGGCAGUGGACGAUCCCUGAGAAGAAACCAACGCAAACGCCAGCAUGCCUACCAAACGCGCUCCACCAUAGAACACAAUCAGCAAGGAGCAAGCCAGAAUGCACGUGUGCGGGAAGACUCAGAAAGCUCCUCUGAGGAAGAUGAGACAGUUGGUACAAGUGAUGCCUCCUUGGAUGAUCCCGUGGCUACAUGGCAAAGUGAAAGCAGUUCCAGUGAUUCAUCAAGUGAAUAUUCUGACUGGACAGCAGAUGCUGGAAUUAAUCUUCAGCCUCCAAAAAGACAAACCAGACAGGCAGCUCGGAAAAUUUGUAGCAGCUCUGAUGAUGAAAAUAUCAAGGAGUCUAAAGGAGUGGAAGAGAAAAGGAGGAAACCCAAACAGCCUAGAAAAAAGAAACCAAGUGGAUUACUCUCAAUGGAAGGUGAACCCAGUGAAGAGUGGCUUGCCCCCCAGUGGAUUUUGGAUACCAUACCCCGUCGUUCACCCUUCGUCCCACAGAUGGGAGAUGAGAUCAUCUACUUUAGGCAAGGCCAUGAAGCUUAUGUGCGGGCAGUAAGGAAGGCCAAAAUCUACAGUAUUAACAUGCAAAAGCAACCAUGGAACAAAAUGGAACUCAGGGAACAAGAAUUUGUGAAGACUGUAGGAAUUAAAUAUGAAGUUGGGCCUCCAACGCUCUGCUGCUUGAAGCUUGCAUUUCUAGAUCCAAUCACAGGAAAAAUGACUGGAGAAUCUUUUUCCAUUAAGUACCAUGAUAUGCCAGAUGUUAUUGACUUCCUUGUGCUGCAUCAAUUUUACAAUGAAGCCAAAGAAAGGAACUGGCGGAUUGGGGAUAGGUUUCGCAGUAUAAUAGAUGAUGCUUGGUGGUUUGGAACUGUGGAGAGUCAGCAGCCUUUCCAGGCAGAAUAUCCUGAUAGUUCCUUCCAGUGCUACUGUGUUCACUGGGACAAUAAUGAAAGAGAGAGGAUGAGUCCUUGGGACAUGGAACCAAUUCCAGAAGGAACUGCUUAUCCAGAAGAGAUCGGUGCUGGAGUUCCUGUGACCCCAGAAGAACUAACAGCUCUGCUGUACAAACCCCAAGAAGGAGAAUGGGGAGCCCAUUCCAGAGAUGAAGAAUGUGAACGAGUUAUUCGGGGGAUUGGUCAACUGCUUUCCCUUGAAAUUGCUAACCCCUUUGCUGUUCCAGUGGAUCUUAGUGCCUAUCCCAUGUAUUGCACUGUAGUUGCUUAUCCAACUGACCUCAACACAAUCAGGAAGAGACUUGAAAACAGAUUUUAUAGGAGAAUCUCAGCGUUGAUGUGGGAGGUACGAUACAUUGAACACAAUGCUAGGACUUUCAAUGAGCCAGAUAGUCCUAUAGUUAAAGCAGCCAAAAUUGUAACAGAUGUCUUAUUACGCUUUAUUGGGGAUCAGAGUUGUACUGAUAUAUUGGAACUAUAUAACAAAGUGAAAGCAGAAGACCUAAGCAGUACAGAUGAAGAAGAGGAGGUGGCAGAAGUAGAUGUAGAUUCAGAUGCUCCUGGAACCUCCUCUGGGAAAAGACGAGUAAGACGGCCGAUAAAAAGGCAACGUGUCAAAGCAAGCCCUGAUGCUUGGAAAGAGCAAUGCAAGCAGUUGUUAAGCUUAAUUUAUGAACGUGAAGACUCUGAGCCUUUUAGGCAGCCAGUUGAUCUCUUCUCCUAUCCCGACUACCGAGAUAUUGUAGACACUCCUAUGGACUUCAGCACUGUGAAAGAAACUUUGGAAGCUGGAAAUUAUACGAGUCCUCUGGAAUUUUACAAGGAUAUUCGCUUAAUAUUCUGCAAUUCAAAAGCUUACACUCCAAAUAAAAAGUCACGGAUCUACAGCAUGACACUUAGAUUAUCUGCCUUAUUUGAAAAUCACAUGAAGAACAUUAUCGCUGAAUACAAGUCUGCAAUGCAGCAUCAGAAGAGAAAACGGCCACGAUACCGAAAACGACUAAGAAGCAGUAGUAGUUCACCAUCUAGCAGCAGAGCAUCCAGCCCUAAAGGGAAGCAGAAACAAAUGAAGAUGCAGCCUAAAACCAACCAGAAUACCUCACUGCCUUUGACUAGGACUAGUUCAUCAGUUUCAUCUCAUGUUUCAGAUACUACAGAGGAACCUCUGGAUCCAGCUGUUGGUGAGAGAGAGGGCCAGCCCUCUUCCUCUGGCUCAAAUGCACAGAACCGAAGUGGAAACAAUGUUGAUCCAGGGAAAAACAGGCCUGUCAGGAGUAAAUCCACACCAGUUAAGCAAGAUCUUUCAUCUGAUGGACCACUUACAAAUGGUGAUGGCAGAGAGCCUCGGGUAGGAGUCAAGAGAAAAUUAAUAAGUGCAUCGGAAGAAGAUGAGCAUCUAGAGGAGGAGGAAGCAGACAAGAAGAGAGAAUUGAAAGAAAAAUCUGGUUUAUCUUCAUCAGGAAGUGGGGAGUCGGAAUCCAGUUCAAGUUCUGAAAGUAGAUGCGGCUCUGACUCUGACUCUGAAUCAACAUCUAGGACAGAUCAGGAUUAUAUUGAUGGAGACCACGACUAUAGCAAAGUUGUGCAAACUAAACCCAAAAGAAAAAUGAAGAGGAAAAUUGCCAAUGGGAAAAGAAAUUGGCAGGGCAGAGGCACAGGAAGGAGAGGUAGAUGGGGCAGAUGGGGUAGAUGGAGCAGAGGGGGAAGAGGUGGGAGAGGAGGAAGAGGCUGUGGCAGAGGAAGAGGAGGAGGCAGGGGAGGACGAAGAGGCCGAGGAGGUAGAGGAGCCUCCCGAGGAGCUGCCAGAGCCAAACGUGCACGAAUUGCCGAUGAUGAAUUUGAAAAUCUGUUUGGAGGACAGUUUGGUGAAAAUCUGUUUGGAGGGCGAUUCAGUAGACCACCCCGAAUUAAAACAAGGAACGAGGGCAGGAGAACUGUAUUAUAUAAUGACGAUUCUGACAAUGACAGUUUUGCGCACACCGAGGAUCCUCUGAACCUUGGUACUUCCAGGUCAGGUAGGGUGCGGAAAAUGACAGAAAAAGCCAGGGUCAGCCAUCUUAUGGGAUGGAAUUAUUGACAGAUGAAAACUUUGGAACAAUUUUAAAAGAACUUCAAUGGCCUUCUACUGCAGGGAUUUUAUCAGAACAUCUACCAAGCAAGUUGUGGGGGGACUCCACUCACUUAUCACAGUGGUGCUUUUCCAUUAUGUCAGUAUGCAUUUGUUUUAAGACUUCAGAUCGCCACACUUCAUUGGUCAAAAUAAGCCUUAUUCAUUAGGCCUUAAAUUACAGAAAUUCUUCCCCACACUACAACUCCAUUACAUUAAAGGAGCUUCCAGCUUCUCAAUAACAGCAUGGCAUUUCGAAUUAUGAUUAUGAAAUCUCUCCCUUGUUUUGUUUUUGUAUUAUAGAUAUAGCACCUUCUUACAGAGUUUUUAUAUGGUUUCUGCCAUAAAUCCUUAUACACAGUAAUAAUUAUAACUUUUGCACAAUACACCAAUCCUAAAGGCAGCUAUAAAAUGUUUACAGUUUCUAUAUUGUAAGAAGGAUCUGGAUUAUUUUAAACUUCCCAGGCCAAACUUUCAUGAAUUGUGCUGAACUGAAGUAUGCUUAUACUACAGUUAUAGGGGUCCUGAUCUGGUCUUUAUUGGUUCUUCAUUCAUGUAAAAAGUGAGAAAGGGUUGGUGCCUUGUAAAUAUGUAGCAAACCUUUGAUGUGGUGUGUCCUCAUGUGUGCAUUAACUUUAUUAAAAAGAGAAUACUUGAGAAGUAUCUAGACAAAAGGUGCCAAAUGCAAAAGUUACUUGCAUCUAUUUUCUUUUUGUCCUCUCAUAUUUUUAUAGCAUUAAUAGAGAUUGUGCAGCUAAGGGGUAACUUCAGCAUUUGAAAGGUUUCUCCUCUUCAAAGCAUUACGUGAUUUUUAAUAGUAGCUCAGCUACCUCUAUUCACAACCUUAAAGAAAAUAGAUGCUAUUAAGCAGUACUUAUUUGAAGAAGAGGUAAGAGGGAGUAUAGCAGGGAUGGAAUUGCUUAUUAAUGUUGGAAGUAACCAGUUUUUCAUGAUACUGAAACAAUCAUUUUCAAAGUUUUCACAACUCUCAGAAGCUUGGAGUAGUUGGUCAUUUCAUCUGUGAAGAUAGCCCAACAGUCUCCCUCACAGUUUCUGCUACUGCUUAUUCAAUGCAAAUUUGUGUUUCAUUUCAGUAUGAUCUUUGACAGUUUUAAGACGCAUAAACUGAGCUAUGGUGUGUCUGCUGGUUGCUCUUAUUUUGUAUCGUUAGUGAUAAGUUUCCAUUCUUAUUGUUGAAGCAGAUUCUUGUAUCUCAAGCUUCCAGAAAAUAAUUCAUGUUUGCACUGUAUUCUUACCUUUCAUUAUACUGAAAAAUAAUAAUUUAAAGAUGGAGGUUGUUGUGGUAGAAAUAAUGUAGUAUCGCAAUACAGUAUGAUGAUAUGAGGGACAUUUUAAGUUUAUAUGAUCACUUUGUAGUCUGGCUCGUUAGAGUCUGUUAGAAAGAUAUCUGGGGCUUUCUAUCUUCAUUCUAAAUUAUACUUAACUGGCCUCUGACUUGAGUGGCAUAGAGAUAGCCAAUGAAGAGAGAGGAAACUGGAAAAUCAAAAUAAAUUAUGGGUUAGAAUUUUAAAGUGAGGUUUCUUGACCCAAUGACUCUAAUUUGUUCUUCAGUGCACAGAGUCUGUCACUUGGUCAAGAAUUCUGGGAGCAGGAAGAUGAAGCCUAUAUACUCACACACCAAUGAAUUUUGUUUUAACCUUCUUUCUAUACUGUAAUAUACAUUAUCUGGUUCAUCUCUUUCCAAUAUUUCUAGUUGGUUGCAAAAUAACUCCAAAAAAAAUACUGAGGAGUCAGAACUCGGAUGAGAGAGAAUAUUUUAAAUAGUUCAUGGCAUUAAUCUAACCUUAUGGUACAGUUAAAAAUUCCUCAGACUUUUUUUAUUAAUUAAUUACUGUUCUGUAUAAACCAAAACCUAUUUCUGGUCAUGAUUUCAAAUUCUCCAGUUUAACAAAGAAAUGGAUACCUAAGGUCUCCAAGCUCUGUAAUGGGCUUUGGAGUGCAAAUGUCUGUCCAGUCUGCUCAUGUAUUUAGAAGAAAGCUUCUUUUCUAGAGCUGUUGCUCUUCCGUCCGGCCUAUGGUGAACACGAAACAAAUGGAUACAUCAGUUUAUAAAAAUGAUCAUACACCUUUUACAUUAGUUCUGUUCCACUAAUAUAAAUGCUAUGAUUCCUAUUCUAAAGCCUGAAAUCUUGAAAUGCAGAAGAAAUGCUGUUUAUACAUUUCUGCCUGGCUGAAGCUCCACUUAUUAAUUUAUUGGGGGAGGGGGGAGAGUUAAAAUAAUGGAUUCCUGAGAAAACAUGCUUUUCUAAGUAAAUGUAUUUUAGCAGCAAUUAGAUUAAAGUUAAAUAUGUUCUUAAAUGUAUCUUUUCUAUGUAAUGAAGUACUGUGAAGAUACCAGUAAAGCAGCACUUUGCUGUGGUGUAAGUAUUACUCUCCAUUUGUGUUACAUGAUUAAGAGCUAGACAGCAGGGUGUGCUAGAACAACAGAACUAUUGCUUAUUGUACAGAAUCUGCUGGGGUUUUUUGUGCAUGCAAAACCGUUUUAUAAGCAUGAAAGAAUUACUUGUUUUGAAAAAUGUUAUUUUACUUGGUUUUGUAUCUGCAUUCUUUUUCGACCUUAGACAUUGAUUUCUCAUAUAGCCUCAUUCUGUGGAUGCAUUAUAAUUUUGUCAUAAGUUGAACACUUUAUCUCAGCUGUUGAUGUUCAAUUAGAAGCUGCUUGAAGCUGCAUAAAACUUGAUUACAGCCUGCGAGGUGCAGCAGAAGCAGUGAUACAAGAAAAUCCUUGCACCAGUGGUUGCAAAAUAGAUUCUUCAGAUCCUGAUCCCAAACCUCUGUGCCCAGGUUGUGCCUCAUGAAGUCAUCAGGGUUCCAGGUUGGCACAGAGCUCUGCCUGAAUAAAGUUUACUGCAGGACAAGAAUCAGAGACUUUAUUCCAGCUUGUUUUAACAAAUAUCUUUUAUUUGAGCCUGCUCUUUAUCGCAUGUCUCUGAAGGUAUUUUGAUUAUAUAUUUAAGACUCCACAGUUAAUGAGAUCACUGAUCAAACUAUAGAUCCUCUGUCGAGAUGGGAUAAUUUUCAACUAGGAGUGCUUCAAAGCUUUCUCCAUGUGUGACAAUGAGUGUGUGCAGAAAUUUUAAAUAGUGCCUGUGGCCUGAGGGCAUCCUGUUCCCAACAUUAGGAAACCUGUCUGCAGUAGAACCACCAGUUUGCAAUCAUCUGUUAAGCCCCAUCACACCCUUGCUCUUUCACAACGAGGGGUGGGGGGGACACUGAAAACUUGCACUGUCUCUUGAAUUCUUAAGUUUGUUUUGGCCUCAUCUCUCCUUCUGGUCCAGUGAUGAAUCUGUCACUAGCUCAUCAGUUCAGCCCAGAUUUUUCCUCUUGUGUUAUGUACAUCUGUUCUAUCCCCUUCUGUUCUGUGUGUCUGUUUUAUUCAACUUCUUUUCUUUUUCUGUCCCUUCAUUGUCCCGCCCCCCGC